CAGAUUGUGAGAAGGAGCUCCCAUUUCCUCCAGAGCCAUGAUGCUAGUCCGAGAAGUCCUGCUCUUCCUUCAGUGCUUCUGGCCUUCUUUGCUGCUACACUGGACGCUCCAUCCCAUGUGGGGCUUCAUUCAGAUUACUCAGGGCGAGCUCCAGAAGUCAUGUUCUAAGCCUGUAGUAGAGAAAGCUACAGAUAGUUGCCAACAUAUCUGCCAAUGCAGACCACCUCCAUUACCACCACCACCACCACCUCCACCACCACCAAGGUUGCUUGGGAUCUCAUCUCCCACCAUUCCUAUUUGUCCUGCUGGAGCGCCCUGGCCAAGUCCGGCUAUAAUUAUUGCAGCGUGUUGUGCCAUACCAGUGUUCCUCUUUCUAGUUUUCAUCAUUUGCUACAAAGCCAUAAAAAGGAAACCUAUGAGAACAGAAGAGAAUGGAACAAGUCAAGCUGAGUAUGCAAUGACAUCCUGUCAAAACAACAAGACAGUUGAUGCUAACAAUGCAUUGGUGUAAUUUCCAAAACCACCUCUUGAAUAGUAAACAUUAAAAGCACACAUGGUAUAUGCAAGGUGGGUGAAAUGCAGCAUCAAGAGAAGACUUAUGGCCGAGGACUUCAUUUCAGAAAUAGUGCACGCAUCAGAUAUUCUGAGAAGAAAAGCAGGUGACUCCUCUUUGGCUUGCUGAGUGUCACAAAAGGUGGGAUUAUACUUGGGGCUACUCUGAAACAAGGAUUCACAGAGGCCUACUCACUGCAUGCUGGAUCUAUUGAAAGCAACAUUGCAGUGUCUCUUCUUCCUUCCUCAUUUUUGAUUGACUGUUUAUUUUUUAAAAAUGCAUCAGUGAUCCUUUGAUGAUUAAGAAGGUGAUCUGUUCAAAACACUAAAAUACCUUAAUGGGGUUGCAAAUUCAAUCUUUGCAUUUUUCUGUUUCUUUACAGUCAUUAUAUGACCCAUCCUUUAUCAUGAUUAUGUUGUUGAAGUGGAAAAUAUCCAUUCACUGAAAGGGAACAUCCCUCCCUGCCCAGUUGCAUGAUCUCAUAGAAUGUAUCCCUUCCCAUACAAUCUGAUGACGAGAUGUAGAUGCCACUACUACAAACAAAAAAGCAUCUCAGAAUGUCUUGUAGCAAUUAGCUUUACUAAUCAAAAGAAAAGUAUUAUCCGUAAUAAACUUUUAAAGUGUUUUCAGUACUGUUAAUCUACAGUCCAGAAGCAUUUUGAGCCUCAGUGUUAAAAAAAAAUCUAUAUUUGGGUUCAUCGGUUAUUAUUUUGCACAGUUUUGCACACGUAUCUGUAGACAGGAUCUCUAGAAUGAUCUGAAAAUGUUUGAAUCUGGAGGACCACAAACUACAAUGGAAACAACUCCUUACAGACUUUCCUGUUCCUUGAGUAGCUCCUCCAAGUGACCGCUGAAUAAAGAAUUUUCUGCUGUAGGGAAAAAGCUGUGAUAGUUCAGUCCCCUUUUUAACAAGGGGCUGCCAACGGUGCCAAAAUUGCUCUGUGUCAUAUCACUUUGUGAUAAGGAACCACAAACAGUUUAAAAGCAUAAUCCAACUCUCUAUUGUCACAGUGUCUUGUUAGGCGCAGUCACUUUAAUUUAUAAAAGAACAUCUGAUGCUGUUAUUUGUCCAUAUCUUGAUUAAGAAGUUAAAAUAUGAUUUCUGUCUUUCCUCUCAUAUGCCUUUAUUUGUCACAGCUGCACCAGCAAAACAAAACAAAAAGUUGUGCCAC